GCGCAGCCGCGCUAGGGCGUCCUCUGCGGCGGGCGAACUAGGCCGUGGGAUCCAGGCGGAGGCCGGGGUUCUGCGUCGGAUAGUGGGUCGCUCCCGCGCGCCGCCGCCAUGCCGGACAGCUGGGACAAGGACGUGUACCCCGAGCUCCCGCGCCGCACGCCGGCGCCCUCGCCGAAGACCUCGCUGCCCAACCCCAUAACCUAUUUGACGAAGGCCUUCGACCUCCUCGUGGACCGGCCCGUGACCCUAGUUAGAGAGUUUAUAGAGCGGCAGCACGCGAAGAACAGGUAUUACUACUACCACCGGGAGUUCCGCCGUGUGCCAGACAUCACUGAGUGCCAGGAGAAGGAUAUCUUGUGCAUGUUUGAAGCAGAAAUGCAGUGGAGAAGAGACUAUAAAGUAGAUCAAGAAAUUGUCAACAUUAUCCAGGAAAGGCUGAAAGCCUGUCAGCAGUGGGAAGGUGAGAGCUACAGGCAGAACUGUGCCAAGGAGCUGGAGCAGUUCACCCAGGUGGCCAAGGCUUACCAGGACCGCUAUCACGACCUGGGAGCACAUUAUUCUGCCAGGAAGUGCCUGGCAAAGCAGAAACAGCGGAUGCUGGCUGAGAGAAAGGCCGCUAAAGAGGCUGCCGCUGCCUAAAGCAGCUCCUUGAGCACCUUCCUGAAACGACACUACUAAAGUACAAAAGUUUAAAUAAGAAAGCUGUUCCUGGUGUCACUUUCGGUCCCCCACUUGGAUCUGCUGACCGUACUGGUUCCGUCUCCCUUUAAGUCCAGCUUACAACUAAGAUCAUAAGCGAAAUAAACAAAACACUGUUAACAAGCUUUAGUUCACUUUAUUUUUCUUGUAUAAAACUAUGUGGUAGCCACAGCUGGAGCCUGGGUCCUCUGCACAGAGACUCUGGUGUGGGUCUUCACAAGAUGGUCCGUGAACUCCUAGAGAAGAGAAACAAGGCUUUAGCUGUAGCCACACCCCAGCACCUUGUGCACUCGUCGAGGCUAACGAGGGAGCUGGGCAGGCAGUACCUGAUAGGGAGACUUGGUGAACACAGUCUCCUUCCAGAGGUCAGGGGUGAGAUAGCUGUAGGUCUUGGAGAUGGCAUCGAAAGUAGCCUUAGCUGGAACAGAGAAACAGAAGGUCGGCAGAUUCACGGACACAACACCCCAGGUGCAGACAGAAGAUGUUGCGCUCCUAGGAACAGAGAGGCCACUUGGGGCCAGUCUGCCGUGCAUUAGGAGGGCCUUCCUCUCUCUCUCGGGAAGUACGCCAAGCACACACACAGUAUGAUUAAGCGGAGCUGAGAGAGGCCACAGCCCCCAUGAAGCCACCUACCAAAGUUCCCCAGGGUGGCAGUGCAGCCCCUGGCCGAGGUGUAGCAGUCGUCGAUACCGGCCAUCAUCAGCAGUUUCUUGGGCACAGGGGCCGAGACAAUGCCAGUGCCUCUGGGGGCGGGGAUGAGACGCACCAGCACAGAGCCACAGCGGCCAGUCACCUGGAGGGUGGAGGUAUCAGGAGAUGACCUACGGGGAGUCUGCACCACCGCAGGCCCCGUCCCUUACUGCCCCCCAAGCCUACCUUGCACGGGACAGUGUGGGGCUUGCCAAUCUUGUUCCCCCAGUAACCUCGCCGCACAGGGACGAUGGAAAGCUUGGCCAGAAUGAUGGCCCCGCGGAUGGCAGUGGCUACCUCCUUGGAGCACUUGACACCCAGACCAACGUGUCCAUUGUAAUCUCCGAUGGCGACAAAUGCCUGUGAAGAGCCUGAGAUGGCUGGUGGUCCACUGGCCAGCACGGCCAUCACGGGCCACCACCCAGGAUCUGUGGCACUCCUCGAGAAAAGGGUGGCCACUGUGAAGCCACCCGGAGGUCCCGAGGAGGUCCUUCCUCUCUCUCCCGAUUACGAAAGCCACACGCGUGGUAUCAAGUGUGACCGUGCAGAGCUGAGAGAGUCCCACCGAGCCCCGCGCACACGCAGCUCAGAACACCCAAGGGGGCUGGGGUACCUUGAACCUGGUCCGCUGGCCGGCGCGCGUCUGCUUCUGCACGGGCAUGAUCUUCAAGACCUCGUCCUUGAGGGAGGCUCCCAGGAAGAAGUCGAUGAUCUCAGACUCCUGUGGGGCGAGGACGCGGCCACGCAGGCGCUUACCGCACAAAGCCCAGGAGCCACCUGGGACACUUCCCGUGAGAACCUCCACCCGCAUCCCCGUGCCGGUUUUCCAGCCGUCCCCAUUUCGUCUCAGCGGAACACCCCCGGCAGACACAAAGGACGCUCGCGCACGCACACCGGCUGCGCCCGAACACAGAUGCCAUCCCCGCACCAGGGCAAGGACCCCGCCUUACCUUGAUGGGCAGGGAGAAGAGAUAGAUCUCCUCCAGGGACUUGAUCUUCAUGUCCUUGACCAGACGGCCCAGCUUGGUGACGGGGAUCCACUGCGGAACAAGGCCUCGGUGACCACGGUGCCCCGAUCGGCGCCGCCCCGGACCCGUCUCCCGCGAGGGCCCCACCUACCUCCUUGUCUUCGGCCUUGCCCCCGCGAGCUCCGCGACCUCGGCCCCGGCCGCGACCACGGCCCCGGCCCCGGCCCCGGAUGCCGCUGCCGAAGCCUCCGCGGAAACCGCCGCGGCCUCCCAUUCCAGGGCCCCCGGGCCCUCCGGGCCCUCCCGCAGCACCGGCGUCAUCCGCCAUUUGCUGAAAGGAACAACGAGAGUGGGCCGGUCAGCGAGGCCCGGGCAUAUACAGUCUGCCGGGACCACGGCUCCCACCCGGAAGCGCCAGCGCGCUGGACCGAGCCCCGCCGGACCGCCGCGGAUCACCCGCGCGGGCCCCGCAGCGCCCACCGCCGCCACGCCGCACACUCACGUGUUCUCUCGGAGAGGAAGAGCGAGGCCGCGCGGAGCCAGUCUUUAUACCACGCCAAGUGCCGCGAGAUCUCGGCGGCCCCGCCCCAGGCGCGCGUCCGCGACGGGCUUAUGGGAGCGGAGGCCGCGCGCUCCCGGCUUUCCCCGCCCGCUCCGCGUGAGCCUGCGCACCUGCGGCCUCGCGGGCCUGAACGUGUGCGCCGCUGCCGCCCGGCUGCCUGGCGCCGCGAGGCCGCCGAUGUCCGGACCGUGAGGCCCACGCCGCCAGGACCGCGGGGAGGGGGGCCCUGCCUCCAACGCCCGGUAGAGCUGUCGGUCUGAGUUGUGCACGUGUGGGCGCCCCCGGCCCGUCCGCCUGGAGCUGCAUCUUUGGGCGCGGGGAGCAAGAUAUGCAGCGGAGGAGGGACCCUCUGCGACACGUCCUCUUGCCGGCCUGCCCAGUUCCGCGUCGGAUGCCACGGAGGGGUGCAACUUGGGCCCCAGGGGUUGCACUGACUCCUGCGUGGCGCUCCGUGGGUGGCGGGGCCAGAUCUGAAGCCCCGCUGUGUGUCCCAUACCGCAUCGCUUCCACAGUAGCGAAGCACCUGUGAGCUUGCGGGGAGUGGGCUGGGCCACCAACCCACUGGCGAGGGUGACAAUGAAGGGAAACAUCCCCAGGGGAAGUCGGGAGGCCAGAUGGGGAGCCCUGGGGCUCACUAUCAGUUACAGGCCCUGAUAGGGAAGGACGUGGGGGUUACUCUCGCAGCUCAGGCGUCACCCUGAAUUCUCCAGUGGACUUCGAUCCGUGAAAAGAUCUCUCCCAGCUUUCUUUCUCAAUGAAAUAAAGUUACUUUGUUUUGUC